AUGAAAAAAAGGCUUCUCGCGAGGAUUCUUCCAUCAUCAUCGGAAGAAGAGACGAGAAAAAGCCAUUCGGAUUUGAAGCCAGAGGAGCAUGAUGAGAAUCCUCAUCGGGAUGAUCGAUUUGAAAUUUCAAAUACUAAUGAUGACAAGAAGGGUAUUCAUGAAAAUAUUUCAUCCGAAUUCGGGGUUCUGUUGAAUGAGAAUGCAAUGAAUGAGGACCAUGAAAAUGAUGAUCAAUUAUUGACUUAUUGGGAUGAAAUCCCUUGUGAUGUUAUCCGAGAAAUUUGUUACUUUUUAUUUCCAUUGGAUUAUUUAAGGCUUUUGUGGUUAAACAAACACUGGAAUGAAUGUGUGUUAUCAUUUACAAAUACUGUGAACGAAUUCAGAUUUACAAAAUAUAUUUAUGACAGAAUAAUGAAAAGCUCUUUCAAAUAUUCUGAACGCUUAUACGAAAGCGAUUACUCACAUUCUGAAGAAGUAUUACAAUCACAGUAUCUCGUAUUUAAAAAACAAAAUGAAAUUCAAGUGACGUCACUCUUUCGAAAUUUAUUCAACAAUAUUACACACUUAUAUUUUAGUGAUUUAUUUGUUGAAAAGGACUUUAUGAUGUGGUGUCUCAGUGGAGGAAGAUCAACAACCGACAAGAAUGAUAACGAAAUGCAAAAUGUGAAUCAAAUUUUACAAAAAUUAACCUUUUUCAAUUGUAAAUUAGAGACUGGCCUUGCCGUGUCAAUAUCCAGCAAUUCAUCCCAACUCGCACAAAUCCAUCUUCCAUAUACAGGUUUUUUCAGUACUUCUAAAAUAUUUGAAAGAGGUAUUCGCUAUGACGUUUUUCAAACACAGUACAUUAGUUUUUUAACAUUGAAGCGAGCUCUCUCAGCAAUACCACCCACCUCAACCACAACAACAAGUACCGAUGCACAAGCUCCUGAAAUUCUUGGAAAUGUAGAUUUUAAUGAAUUACGACCGUUUUUCGCCAAGUCAACUAAUUUGAGCUUUGAAACGUUGAAAUAUAUAUUCCUAGAAACGUAUGACGAAAUAUCAGAAUCCCAUAUUUCAAACUCUAUUUUGGAUGCUCAUAAAAGAAAACUGGAACAAGAAAAUUCUGAUGAACUCGUGUUCAAAAAAAACCAUACGUUCUAUACCUGUGCGACACUGCCAGAUCUCAAUACCUCGCUCAUCAUCCCUUUACAUCAUUUUAACAUUUCUACCAAAUGGAGAAAAUUAAUUGAACAGUCCGCAAGCUCCAUCAGCAAUGUCGAUUCUUCAGAUGAAGAAGAAGAAGAGUCACAAUUUGGCCGAAAGAAAACUUUACAAGAUUUGAUUCUGUUACAAAAUACGGUUCCCUCUCACAUGAGUUUGUUAUGUUAUUGUGAAAUUGAAUCAUUUAAAAACAGAAGUGAUUCGAUUUCUUCAUACAUUGAAGCAGUAUCGGCAGAAUCCUGCUACAAAACAUGCAACUCUCCUUGUGCAAUGGCUAGUUUCUUAAUGAACCAACCUUGCACGUUCGAUUCCAUUCUCAAAUAUUGUAAUUCAAUCCGAGAACGGAGUAAGGAAAGAUCCACCUUUACAUUGUUCAACUAUUAUGGAAUUGAAAAUCAUUCUCCAAUUUAUGGACACAUGCAACGACUUUGUGACACUAUUUGCUGGGGUGACAUUAGACAUGUGGAAUAUUUAUUGAAUAUGGGCUUUCAUGUCCAUGAUCUCUUAUUUAACACAACACUAGCUAUUGAGUCUCCCAUGACAGACGAAGGAGAAUCCUAUGAAUAUUUUGUUGCAGAUUUCAUGAUCUCGUUAGUCUUUUUUGGAAUUGUUCACUCUCAUUCAGACUCGAACCAAUUUGCUGACCUUCUCCAAUUACUUUCUAAUUUUGGAAUGCAGAAAUUGAUUGAUCCUCUAUUGCAUGAGUUGACAUCGUGCAGUUCACACGAUGAAAGUGUUAAUUUCGACAAGUGGUCAACACUCGACUUGCUUAUUUGUUUAAAACUAUAUCGAUGCAUGUUAUCGUUCUCCAUGAUAUUUCCUGUAUUGAAUAGUGACCAUUUCGUAGACAUUGAUUCUGAUGAACAAGAUCUCCACAAAAAACCACUCACGCAUCCCAAUACGACCACAAAGCGAGAACAACCCAUGCGCUUCACCAAAAUUUUAAAGAUUUUACAAAAUGCAGAAGCAUCGUUGGCCCUUUUCGAAAAUUCUUCUUCUCAAAAAACAAUCGUCGAUGAGAAAUUAUUUGUGAACAUUUCUUUUUGGAAUUUAAUGUUAUACAGAGAACAAAGUGAUGAACGAUAUGAUCAUGCUUCAUCAAAUUCACAUUCUCAUGAUGAUUGGAAUGGAACACUUGAGGAAUUAGACUUUGAUUGGAUUUUGCAUUGUGAAAAUGAACAUCAAGCUCACCGUUUAAGGUCUCUAUUCUAUCGCAUAGAGUCAGACCCUAGAUUUGAAUCUCCAUUAUUAUCUGCCAUUUUGAAUUGUAAUGAAAGUGGUUUGAGAUUUUUAAUGGAUCAUUUGCCGUUGAUGAAUGAAAAUUAUAGGACUGAACGAUUUGAAGAGUGGUUAAAUAAUCCACGAUAUUAUGAGGGAACUAGGACCAUUUCAAUAUUUGACAUGAUUCACAAUAACAAUAUUUUAAUUCAAGCUUGUGACACCUUAGUGUUGCGACCUAUAUUACUGUUUGGAAGAUGGUUGUUAAGUGCUCUAAACCAAGAGGAUGAAGACCAACAAAAUAACUCCAUCAACCACAUCUCGUCAAUGUUGGAAUUACAUGCCUCUGAGGCAAUCUUAAGCUUUAUUGUGGAUGUUUUUUUCGAGGAAGGUAAAUUGAGGACCAUUCCAGAAAAGGAGGUCAGCAUGUCCAGGUUUUUAUCUUCGAUCGAAGCGAAAAAGAAAUUACCAAAAGACGAUUUACAAUAUUGUUUUUCAGUCUCAGAAGAUCGAAGACUUUCCAUUUUGGUUUAUUUGACACAACUCGGUGUUAAAUCGGUUAGUAACACACGCAAAAGACUAUAUCGAACUAAAUAG